GUGUCUUUAUUACAAUUUAAAGUUUAUAACCUAAUGGUCUACCAUGUGAUGGAAAUUCUUCAUUUGGGUUGAUAUUGUUUGGUCACAUCUGCAUAUUGUAGCUACAUCAACAAGUUCUGUGAUAGAUCUGUGUAGAUUGCAUCUGAGAUAUCAAUAACCAUGGAUACAGAUGAACGAAUGUGUCAAAAUUUUAAACAGGAAUUCAGAAAGCAGAUAGAGUUCUAUAGUGAUAAAUCAUCUGGACUUCUAUAUGCUUAUGGAGCAGCACUCAAUGUUUUUGCCAAGCGCUUAAACAACAAGCCAUCGUCUAAACCUAUUAAUGCAACAUGGGAGGAAUUGAUGCGGUCGGUUUUGCUAGCUAUGACCAGCAUUGAGCAACCUCCUGAUACGAAUGCUUUGAAAAAAUUUGAUACAUUACUCAGACCUUGGUUAGAGGAAAAAAAUGCAAUCAAAGAGAUUAAGGAAAACUUUUUGGUACUUCAUAAUCUUGCAAUUAAUGGUGCUUGGGGGCAUCCCAUAUUUCAAUCUCUACUACAGGAAGAGGAUGUCGAUGUUACAAAACUUGGUGACCUCUUACUUCAAGAAAAUGAGGAGGCAUUGUGUGCAAGAUUGCACGCUCUUGAACAAUGUUCAAAAAAUGAUUCUGCAUCCAAACUUAUAUUGGCUGCAAUGAAGCAUAAAAAGUUUCGUGAAAGCGGCAUUUUUCAACAAACUUUUCAAAUGCACAUUCUGUUCAACUGUAAUGAAGAUUUGUGGGAAAACUGCAAAUAUUUCGAUUUUGAUGUUUCAUUAACGGUUUUAGAAAAACUGGAAGAAGCAGGGGAAAAUGAAAAAAUGUCGUCAUUUUGUGAUAUUUUGCUUGCUUAUAUCUGGGAAAACGAUAUUGUCACAUCAACCAUUGAAAAAAUGACGAACAAAUGGUGCGAAAUUAAAUUGUCUGGUUCUGAUUCAGCAUCAGACUUCCUGUCUUAUAUUAAAAUGUUGUUGUCAAAAGAGAAUGAUGGACCAUCAUCUGUAACUCACUAUCUCAUUCUGAUGCAAGUUAUUUGGGAAAUGAUUGGAGAUGUGAGUCGGGAAGUUUGUGUCGACAUAUUGAUGUGUGCAUUGCGUUUUCUUUCUGAUGAAGAAGAUAAUGACAAUUCAAAUAAAAUAAAAAUUUUGGAAACAAUUGCAAAAUUGCUUCCCAAAUCGACAGUGUGCAGACUCUGUCUCCUGUGUGUGUUCUAUUUGGAACCUUGCAUCGACACUUAUUAUUGCUUGUCAGAUGCCUAUAAUAAUCCUUUGAAUACUGACUCUGCGAAAGGAACAGAGUUGAGGACAGAAUUGAUGCUUUAUAUACAAAAACAAUUUCCCAGUGGAUCUGAUAUUCAAAUGACUGAUUGGAAUCAAAUUAAUGAACAAUGCCUGUCUAAAUUAUCGCCUGAAGAUGUUACAUUUCUGCUGAAUGAAGGAAAGAGCCCUGACACAAAUGAAACCGCAAGUUCAGGUGCAGAUCAGUCACCUUCCCCUCCAAGAUCUGAAGUACAACAAGAUGACAAUAAUGUAGUCACCGAACAGAAGUCGAUUGAAAAAUGUGAAUUGUGCACUACUGAAAAGUUGUGUGAAUCAUGCAAGGAAAAAAAGAUAAAACUUGAAAAACCUCACAAGAAAAGUAGAAAAAAGAAGCGAUAUGGAUGGACUUGUCCUGUUGUUUUGUGUAAUGUUAUGUCUGGGAGAAUGAAUUAUUUGUGUACACAUCUCAAAUCCAAGCAUAAUUGGCAUCAGGAGGAAAUAAGGGCAUUUGUGAAAUCUCUCGGUGUAACGAGGAGUGCACGUUGGACAAGUACAAGUGAUAAUCUGGUUUUAUUGCACAAGGCACAAUUAAGAAUUUCUGAGGAAGAUAAUGGUUCACCAACAAGUUCGAAUGAUUCCACAUUAUUACGGCAAAGUUCUGUGGAAAGUGUUAAAAAUGUCAUGGAUGCUGAUAUACCAAUAGGGGAAGUGCAAGCAGAAACAUUAAGCAAUGAAAAAACAAGAGUGAAAGAUUGCUUCGUCAAAAAUAGUGGAUCAGUGGGGAUGGAUAAAAAGCUUUCUGGCAGCUCAGAAGUUAAAACAGAAGUUAACAACAAUGCGACUAACACAUUGGAGAGUGAUGUGUCAACAAGUUCUAAAACUCACGAUUUGGCAUUGUGUAAAAAGGCUGCUCCAAUUGAAAGUAUGGAUGCUGUGAUGGAAGUAGAUUCAGAAGUUACAAAGAAAUUCCCAGAUUCACAAAGUGAUGAAGACUUGUUGAAAAAUGAAGUUGGCAGUGUGGUGACAAUGCACACGAAAAACUUCAAUGAAAGCUUGAAGCAAUCCUCGAGUGACUCUGUAUCACAUCACAAAUUGGGAAGGCAACGGAAAUCAAAAAGUGGCAAAAAAGUAGGUGCUCCUUCUAAAUCAAAGAAUUUGCUACAAAAGGAUACACCCACUGUGAGAAUUGAUGAACAAAGUCAAGUUACAACAUACAAAGUAGGGAAAUCUUCUGUCAAACCUGUAAAUGAUUUAUCAACUCCAUUACCUCCGGCGAUUAUUUCUUCAGAAAAAUCAAAAUCAAUUAGGCAUCCUGGUUAUGUAUGUCCGAUAGGCGAUUGUGGCCGCAUUUUUCAACAUAAACAUACAAUUGUGGCACACAUCAAAUUCCGUCAUCGGAGGAGUCAAACGGUUUCAGAAACAUUGGCUGAAACAGCGAAAGAGGCCGUUGUAAAAGAAACUGAAAAAGUUGUAUCACCCGACAAGACUUUGGUAGAUAAUAAUAUGUUGCUCAGCUCCAGAAUGUGGUAUCUAAGGGUUGAUGAAUUCAUUCAUGAAGAAAUAGAAGAUAAGCCAUCUGAUACUGGUGGUAAUACUGAGCCGAGGACAUUUUUGAUUGAAUGUGUGCGUACUUUGUUUGAAAAUCCUUUGACAAAUUUCAAUUACAAUGCUGCAUGUAAAUAUCUUCAAACUUCUUGGCAUUCACUGACGAAGAAACCCUCUAAGUCCGAACCUUUUGAUGCCGACAGCAUGGAAGAUGCUUUUAGUUCUGUAGAUUUUUCAUUUUUGGAAUCUAAUAAUGUGAGGAUUGAUCAAGGUGCAUCUCUUACUUCUAAGACAGGUACACCUGUCAUCUCUGUUAAUGAAACAGAACAUGAAGAAGGAAUUCAAAAUAAUGCUAACAACAGAAAGAAAAAGUCCACAAAAUUAAAAACUAAGAAAAUUUUAAAAUCCACUCCAUCAAAUAUUUCUGACCAGAGUUCAGAAGUCAACCACACCCCUACUGAUAAAAACCUGCCAUGCAAUUCAAAAUUAAAUUCAAGUCCCACUGUGAUGACUAGAUUGUCAUUAGAUGGAGUGCAGAUUGGAACUGAUGUGAAAGCUUUGAAGGCUAGUUCUGCUGUCAAAGUAUCUAAACCUGUACAAGUAAAGAAACCUAACAAAGAGUCGUUGAAAAAAUAUCAAUCCAAAGUCUCUUCUACCUCUCAUAAAAAUCCAAAAGAAAUGACAACUGAUAGAUCAGAAGUGGAACAGCCUAAAAGUGAAAAGUUGAAACUUAUGAAACCUCCAAAAACUGUUUCUGUCUCGUCUGUCGCUCAGAAAACACCAAAUAAAAACAUCAGUUUUGAAGAAGCACUGGCUGAUGUAAAUACACUUGAAUCAACAAGUCAAACUAGGCCAAACAAAAAACUGCAUAAAUUGUCAUCUGAUUUAGCAUCUGUACCUACUCCAACUACACAAAAGCAAAAACGCAGUCGAAGUACUUCUUCAGAUUCUAUGCAAAAGCUUAAGCAUUCUUCUGCUCAAAUUUCCACUACUAAACAUGAUGAAAAUCCAAACAUGAAGACAGAUGAGAGAAAAAAACGGAAGAUACCAUCACAUAGAAAACACAGUCUUGAUUCAAAGCAUGAUGCUGCUACAUCUGAACGAGAAUUUGUUGGAGAGUACUCUGAUUUGAUUAAACAUGCUGAACGAAUUGUUGGAACCGAAUUCAAAUCAGAUUUGUCAUCUGCUGGUCAAAUUGCCGAAAUAGAGCAAAAAGCUCCAAAGAUGAGACAUUCUUCAUCUGGAAAUAAUUCCCGUCCAGCAAAAUCUCAAGUUGCCAAAAAAAUUAAAAAUAAAUUAAAGAGGAGUAUUGACCUUAGAAAACUUUCAAGUAAUUCUCCGGAAGACGAGGUUUCAUUGAAAACACGUAAGACAGAGAAAGAUCGUUCCAGGAACAACCCUCUAGAAAAUUUAUUGUCUGAAUCGUCGUCACAAGAUUCUAACGAUGUGCCUAGCCAUAAUGAGAGUAUUAAAAACGAAUGUCAUAUAUGUGGGCGACUCAUGGCAAAUGGCUUUGCCCUUGCUUGUCACAUGCGUAAAAAACACAAAUCGAAAGCAAAAAUGUUUAUUCCAGAUCGAUCACCAGAUGCCACAGAAUCAGUCCAACGAACAAAAAACUCAAAAUUGGGAGAUAAAAGUGGUUUGACAUCUCACACAUCAAAGCAUUCAAAAAACGCUGAGCCUGUGCACAAGGAAGGGCACUCAUCUAAAAUCACAUGUGCACAGGCUAAUUUUAUGACCCUUCCAACAGAAGAGUUUCUGGGCGACAAACCAAGUCAAAUCCGCUGGUUGUCUUUCAGUAAUAUUUUCUAUUCAAGAUAUUUUAGAGAAGAACUCGAACGAAAACAAGAUUCCAUUAUUAAAACAAAUGUGUACAAGCUAAUUUCGACAUUUUUUCUCAGCUCCAAUGGGAAAUAUUGUUGUCUCGUGCCAGAGUGUAAAAAGCGUUGCAUGGCCCAUCCUAAAUCUCUUAGACGUCAUAUGAAAAGAAAUCACAUCGUAUCAGUUUCUAGUCUAUUGAAAAUUGCUCGUUCAGUUGUGGAAACAUCUGCUUUACGAAGAUGUUCUGGAUGUCUAGAAGAGUUCUCAGAUUUUGAGGAAUUGGAAAAUCAUGCUUAUGGCAAUGCAGGCUGUAAAAAAUUUCUAAAAGAUUCCGAGAUAGGUAUAUUCAUUGUCACACCAUCCGGGAAUAACUUGGAUCUCCAAUGCUAUCUAUGCACUAAUAAAUUCUCAAAUCUGAGGAGCUUAACCGACCAUUUGUUUCGUAUUCAUGACCGCUCAAGGACAGAUGUUUCCACAUCAAAAGAAUUUCUAGGAGUUAGUGCUCAAAUUGAAAAUAUUCUGCUUAAUAGGCUACAGAACAGAAUUGAAGUAUUUAGACAACGGUCGAGUAGUGACGAAACAUCUGAGAGUGACAAAGAUUUUCCAGAAGAGUUGAAUUCAUUGAAUGCUGAUAAAAGAGAAACAGAUGAAAGCUUAGAUGUUGGAAAAGAUGACAAAGAUGUUGAAAAAUCUAAAGCUACUGAAUCAUCCAGUGAAAUGGAUCAAGACUCUGAAGUAGAAGACAAAGUUGUUUCUUCUAGUGUUGGAGAUCUCUCGAUGGAGACUUCUGAUAGUUUUUCAAGUGCAGAUGAUUCUCAAUCUAUUGAUAUACAUGAUAGUGAUGCCUCGUUGUAUGGUUAUGAAUCAAUACCUCAAUCGGGUGUGAACGAGCAAUCCACAGACAACAUAUCUGUUUCUCCGAUAAAAGGGAGUUUCGUUCUCCCCGUAGAUGAUAAUCAUUCAGUUAGUGAUGAAAGUUUUGUCCUUUCUGAUAACAAUGUAUCGAGUGAAGCAGACAUGGAUGUAAGUGAGGAAGCGGGUAUCGCACCACAAACCCCAAUCAGUGAAAAAAGAAGUCUUCGACGUCUUGCUUACACACAAGCUACUAGAAAAAUUGCCAUGAAAUCUCCAGAAACUUUCAAUAGAAGAAAAUGGGCAGAAUUUCAAAAUCUUCAAUAUCUCUACAACAAGCGUGCUUUGAAGAAAGUAGCUCAAUCUCUGGCACCUGCAAAAAAGAAUGAAAUUUCAUCUUCUUCAUCAUUGGAAUCGACAUCAGCACCAGACGGCGCUACUAUGAAUCCAACUUCAGCAGUAAGCGAUACUGCAAAGCCAAAUUCGACAGGGAGCGAUACUAUGAAGCCAACUUCGACAGGAAGCAACAAUUCCAUAAAACGAUGCUGGCUAUGCAAGGAUGGAUUCAAGAGACUGGAUAAUUACAUAAGCCAUAUUAUUUUUCAUCUUCGGACCAUCGAUCGAUUCGAGAAUUUGUGUGAUUUUCCUGGCUGCCUCUAUGCUUUCAGAACUGAAGAAGAAUUAGACACACACCAAUUACUUCACGAAGGAGCAGUGAACAUAUGUUUAUUCUGUGCAUCGGAUUCAUGCUUUUCAUCUGCUGAUGAUUUAUUGGAGCAUGAGAAAAAACAUCAUACUGAUGUUGUAAAUAUUCUAUCGAUAUUACGUGAAAAAUUCUGCAUCAACAAAUUUCGCAAACCUAAAAUAUGUCGGAAAAAAGGCAAAGGCGAAAAAUCAUCAAUAUCCCCAAAACAUCGCAGCGAUGACAACGAACAUUUUUUAUGUUGUAGCCAUCGCAAAAGAUCUCACAGAGGGACAGAAAAUGAAAAUAACGAUAAAAUGAUAAAGGAAAGUGGCCAUGAUAUAAAGUAUUGCGAUUCUAUUGCCUUACAAGGCCAUGAAUAUUUUCUUCAAUCCUAUGUAUGUGACAUCAUAACUGAUGUUUUGGAUACACUUGAGGAAGUCGGCUGUGAAUAUGAUCCUUCUGAAAAUGACAUAAAUGUGAAAAUAGAGAUGGUGGAUGACAAUAGGCCAACUUAUUCGAUUUUGAAUGAUGAUAAUCAAGUUGCAGUAUUAAAAGAUGUAAAUUUAACGGAGACAAGAGAUAUUACUUUCCCUCAAAAUGGCGUGUAUGGCAACACCAACGGCAACAGUAUUCCUGAGUCAAGUGCAAGUAACCUUACGGAUUCUAUUGCUUUGAGUUUGCAAAUUGAAGUUGCUGACAAAGUGGAUGAUUGUUUAAAGGUUAGCAAUUCAAAUGACGAGGUUGUUGAAUCUUCAAACUUAUCAGAAAGUGACAAAAUCUCAAAUAAUUUUGAAUCUGUUGCAAAGAUAAACCAGGAGCCCGAUUCACUCAUGUAUGCUUGUCAAAAAAUUAUUGACCUUGCUAUGCGAAGGGACAAACAAAAUGAGUGUUUGAACGCCAAAUGUGACGACGUUCAACGGGAGAGUUACUCAACGAUCGCCAUUGUAGAGCGACAUGGAAUUUCUGAUAGUGAAGUUCAACAAGAUAUGGUUGAUUGUAAUAAAGAUGCUUGUGUUCUUCCUUUGUCGAAGUCCGAAUUUGAAAUGAAAGAACUUUCAUUCGAUACUGAUAAUGACGCAGAUCAUGUUGAAUCAACAAUGCAGAUUGUACCGAUUGGAAUGAUUUCAUCAUUUCUAGAUCCGCAUAUUGGAGGAAUUGGGGCUCUCAUCUCAAAAAAUUCUCACCGAAUAAUCGAACAUGACAUAAUACUUAUGGAAGUUGCAAGUACAUUAGAGAGAGUGUUGACUCAUGUUGAAUCCUCCGAACAGUGUGAUGCAUUAGAACUAUUGGGUGUUGAUUGUUUUUUAGGAUUGCUUCCCAUGACUGUCAAUGGUGUUGAGAAUGCUGUCAUUGCUUCCUUGCCGGAUGAGUCAACCACAGAUAUCAUGCAUUCUGAAAACUUACUUUUUGAUGUAGGUGAGUCGAAUCGAAUGCAAACUGAAACCACAAUUACCAUACUACCAGAUGAAGGUGCCGAUUCACAAGAGAUCCAACUAGCAAAAAGUCCUAUCAAAAACACCAUAUUGUGUGUGAAUGAUGACGAGAAACCAAAUCGGGAUAUGAUUUUAAAUAAAGCAAGCUCUCUUGAUACAACAAGUAAUCAUGCGUUUUCUUCAAAUACAAAUACUGUAAUGUUAUCGCCUUUCGGAGAUACGAAUUGUAUGCCCGUCUCAAACAUUCAGUAUUCUAAUAUGCUGGAACGAAUGAUGUCAGGAUUUGCAAAAAAGGAAGCAAUUUUAUCAGCUGACAAACCUGCUUUAGGUUGGAAUAAUGAUACGGUUCUAUCUGCUGUUAUCUCGACACCAGCAAUGGAAAUUUCAACCACAUCUGCUGAAACCAGUACAUUAGAUUCUGAUAGUGUGACAGGCAAUAUCAUUGAAAAAGUAUAUCCUGAGAAUACAACAAUGUCAACUACUGUAAACAGAAUACCAGAUCAUUUGAAUCCUGUAAUUAGGAUUAAACAGGCAUCAAUUGAUAAUUUGAGGAUGAUGGAGAACAGCCAGAUCCCCAAGUCUGGAAAAGACCUAAAAUCAUCUGAAAAAGUUUUUGUCAAGAAAAGUUGUUCGAUUUCUAAAAGUAGGAACACAAAGCAUCAAAUAAAGUCAACAAAACAAGAAAAAAAUAAAAAACAUAAAAAAAUAUCAAUAUUGAAAGACUCGUUCAGAAAAUUUCGUGGUCGAUAUACUAACCAUGUCAAACAUCUUGAACCAGUAGCAAUACCAGAUGUAUGGCAAGCAGAUGACGAGAUCUUUUUGAAGAUGUUUCCAUCGCUAUCUGAGUCAGUUCAACAAGAAAAAAGUAAAAAGAAAAAAUUGUCAUCACUACAAUUAUUAUCAGAUGCCGCAGAACCGAGGUCAAUACCUCCAAAGAAAAGGGUCAAACGGUCGCAUUCUUGUGAGUUGGCAUCUCGAACUAACUCUGAAACACUUUUAUCCUCUUCAUCAAAAUGUGAUAAUGGUUCUACGCUUCCUAGAUUGAAAAAACUUGGUCAAACAGAAUCAUGUAAGCAAAAACGGAGACGAUUACAUUCUGUAUUGAGUGCAAUCCAAGUGGUAAAGACUAAGACUAGUACGAAAUCAGAGAGGAUGCCAUUGCCUACGCUUGCCCUGAGCUCUCAACCAUCUAGACCUAUAUUAUCAAAAAUGCCUUUUACCCAAAAUCUUUAUUAUCAAAGAUGUUCUUGGCUCUUGGAGGAGUUUAUUUCCAUUCCACAAGGUGAAGGAUGCGAAUAUAAAUUUUUUAUUCCAGCUAUAUGUGGAAUAUGCCAGCAGGCUGUUCAAAUCAAGGAUAUGUUAGAGCAUGUUCUUCAGCAUGCACUUCAGUCGAAAAAUCAUAAUAAAUCUUGUGUUCACCCUCAAGCUUGCCUCUUCAAAUAUAGCAAUCAUUCCGAAUUGUCUAAUCACCAUCACACCGGUUCCUUUCCGCUUUUCUGUUUAUAUUGUUGCUUGUUAAUGGAAUCGCAACAUGACCUCGAUCUUCAUGAAAAUAAGUUUCACGUCAAAUUUCAAGAAAGGUUUCGCAAAGAAUUGGUAGCUCGAUUAAAAACUAAUGACAGAACUAAUACGGCUGAUGUUCCAUCGCAAGACAGAAGUCUACAACUACUGAAUGAUGUUCCAAACACAACAGAAUUAGAAGAGAAUUCUAACCAAAAUCAGACAAUUGUGAAAGACUUCACUUUGAAAAAUGAAACGAAAGAAAUGCCAGCGCUUCAAAAUAUUUCUAUUUCAGUUAAACCAUUGGCCAUACAUCACAGCACUGUGUCACCAUUGGCCAUACAUCACAGCACUGUGUCAAACAAUAGUGUGGUUUCGGAGCCGAUUGCACAACAAUCACAAAAUGUAACAAGUCCUAGCACAAUUGAAAAUAAUACUUCGGGAAUGUCUCGACCAUCAAUUAAGUCGCCACAGAAGACAACUAAAAAACAAAUGACAACAAGGAACGGAUCAGUCGUAACUAUUGAUUUGUCCGUGGAUGAAGACGGGAAUGAUGAUGAUGAAUACACGAAAACAGAUUCUGCACAUUCUUAUGCUUCUAUGUCGACUUUAAGUACAAGUAAUACAAAAACUGUACCCGAGUAUACUACAAUCAGACAAACACUAGAUGCCCGAAUAAAAAGCACAUCUGGCAUGCCGAAAUGUUCAUUAGUAGAGAAAGUAGUUAAUAGAAAACGACCAAUCAUUUUGAGUCCUCGGAAAAUAUCACAGAACGGAAGUAAUGAUUUGACAAUCCACACUGUCGUAACAAAUAGUCCACCAUUGUUGAUAGGCAAUACUGGAAAAAUGGACUCUGAAACUAUUCCUUCUACAUCAAUUGAUGAAAAAGAUACACAAAAAGUCAAACAACUCCAUACUGGUGUUGUGAAAUUUGAUUCUGCAAAUCAACACAAUACUGAUAAUGUUUCAGAAGCCAGCAGUAUCUUAAAACUUGAUACUGACGACAUUGGUGUGCAAGGUAUUGAAAGUGGUCAUAUUUUCAACUCCGAACGUACAUCUUCUUCUAAUAUUACAUCACGAACAAUGACAUCACAACUUUCAAACUUUGCUGAUAGUCUGAAGCAAAUCUGUACUGAACCAACUACACUGAACAGCACUGUGGAGCUUUCAUCUUUGCUGGCCGAGCAUAGGAUUGCAAGUAAAAUCAUCAAAUCUGAAACACAUACCAUUUCAGUCUCCAGGUUUAGAGAUUAUUUCAAAAGCUCAUCUUUAUUAUAUGCAUCAGCAGGCAAGGGUGCAAAAGUUCGUCUGGUGCAGAGUGCGUAUCGUCCGUCGCAAUCGCAUUGUGCAAUUGCAUCUUCAAGCCAUAUAUUUUAUGGAACGCCAAGUACUUUUUCCUCGGCUCAAAGUACUACAGAAAUAAAUAAAAACGAUUCGUUUAUUGAGCCUACCUCCAUGACAUAUCAAGGUAUGCACAAGUUGCCUGGAAUUGUUGGUGACGUAAAUACCUCUGUAUUUGAUAUCAAGCAGGUCACUGAUAAUACGAGUAAAAGUCAAGUUCAGAGUAAUGAUGUUUGUUCGGGUCACGUUGAGCAAUCGUCGGCGCGAACAUCAUUUUAUACUCCAAAUCGUAAACCUGUACUUCCAUACCCGAACAAGGUAGUGAUCACUUCGUCCACUGUCAGAAAUAAAUCAACUGAAGAUAUGAAAAAAAUAAAAGAAUAUAGAUCAAGUGGAACCAUAAUGUCAUUUCAAAAAAGUGAAAUCCCACGGGGAUCUUCAAACAUAACAUCAACAAAACUGAGACUUCCAGUAGCUUCAAUAUGUCAGUUUUCGAAUUUAAUUAACUUAUCCAGCUCCAUUUCUACUGAACGCAAGCCUAGCAGUUUACAGUUGAAUGUCAAUAAUAUUCGCUCUUCUUUGUCAGAUGUAAACUCAGAAAUAGAUCGAAGUACUGCUUCAUCUAGUAAUUCUAGUCUGAUUUCAGUUACUUCUACAAAAGAAGCUGAUAAAUUAUUCAGCAGACGUCAUGUCAUUUCAGAUAUGCCGCAGAAUCGGUUGCCAAUAAAAAUUACAUCUCAAGUUGGUGCUUUUCAAUUUCAAUUUCCUAGUAAACCAUCCUCCAUUGCAAGAAAGGUACAAGUUGUAAAACCACUUGUGCGAUCGAGACCUGUAGGAAAAUCAAUGCCUCAAAAUUCAAUUGAAUCAUCUGUGUCUAGUAUUGCCACACUGACUGUCACUUCAGAAUUGUCACAACCAACUUCAACCAGAGAACAAACUACGUCAUUGUUUACUAUACCAAGUCUGGGACAAUCGUUAGGAAGAAGAUUUUAUCAGAUUCCAUCAUCUACUGUUCGUCAAAGGGUUGUGCAACCACAAAAUCAUUUUGCUUGUCCUGUGUCUUCAACAUUGUACAACCCAGGACACAACACUGAGGUAGAACAACAUUCUAUGCCUAGUGUGGUGACAGAUUCAGCAUCCCAUGUUUCUGUGAUUACAGUAACAGAUUCAGCAACCCACGUUCCUGAUACAGUUGGAGCACAAGUUAUGGAAAUACCUGAAGGGAAUCAAAAUUUUGAUGCUGUUGACUGUACAAGGAAUCUUUUUAUCGAGGGAGAAGUUCAGCAACAGCAAUCAUGCAUGCCUUAUUCUGAUUUAAAUUCUGAAAUGGACAACUCACCUGCUAGUGAUCGUGACAUGACAGAAUUAAAAGAUAAUUGUGAUAUUGAAUAUGAAGAUGAUGAAGAUGCUUAUAUUCACAACAAUAAUAUUCAAAUUACUUCUCACACAAGUUCUAUGCAGACUAAACAAGAAACUCUGCCUGAACAAGAAAAGUUUUCAUUUCCACUUAGUGUGUCAAACCAAUUAUCUAUUCUGGAGGAAAAUCAAAAGGAAAACAUAAGCAAUUUAGCAAGAUCUGUAUGGGAUGCAAAAGAACAUCAUAAUGGCUGCGAAAAAUCUCCAAAAUAUGUGAAAGAGUAUUGUGAAGUAACACAAGAAUCAAUUCGUGAAAUUUAUAAGGACUUGAAAGCUUACAGUUCAAGAGUUUCACGACAUUUUCGACCAAAUGAGAUUGAACCAUACUAUAACUGUCCUAUAUCGAAGUGUAUGAUCAAGCAACAUGAUACACAAUAUUCUUUGUAUUGUCACCUAUGUAACCAUUCAAUGCUAGAGGUAGUGUCAUUCCUACAAGCACGAUAUCGAAAUCUGCGUAAUCGCAGAUUGAAGAGUAAACAGAAUAUACGUACUAAGCGUUCCGAAGUAAAAAAAUGUAGAUUCGAGGGUUGCAGUGCUGCAUUUCAAACUCUGGACUCAAGGUUUGGCCCUAUAUUUCGUUCUCACAUGAGGAAACACACUAGCAAAACAAUGAGAGUCGGUGACAGGAAAAUUUUCUACUUUGACUCCUACGUCAAGCUACGUGAUAUCUCAAAUAUACAACCAGAAACAGAAGCAAACAACACAAGAAAACAGUUCGUGACGGAAACGCCUAGAAAAAAGGUAAUCAGGAAACGGAAGAUAUCUUCAAUGAGUGAAGAUAGUAAUGAAGAUGAUUGGUUGGAAUGUAAUAGAAACUACUUUGAUGAUGACGAACUAUCUUUUGUAUAUAAACCACCAAGCAUGCGCCCUAGGCGUAUACCCUGUAAUUUUAGUAUCAAAGACAAUAUGAUGACACCGCAGAUAAAAUUGGAAGAUUCAUCCGAAUCAUCAAAAGUUGCAGUUGUGGUGUUAAAGAAACUGACUUGAGCAUUGGUCUGUGUUGCUCAUUUUGUUUUUACGUUUGUCUCCCGUCCACUGCAUAAUUGAUGAAGUGUCAUGUCAUCUUUGCUGCUUUUCUUGUAGUUUUCUAAGUUGUAGUUUAUCCACUGCAUCAUUCUUGACAAGCGAGAGUUGAAUUGACGCAUAGUUAGCUUUGUCAUAUGUGUGUUAUUUUCCAUUUUUUUUUAAAUCUGCGUCAUAUGGAUAAUUCCAGUUUUUUGGAAUUUUCAUGUGGAUUUUCUAAUGGAAAGUGUGAUUUGUAACGCCAAUUCUGAUUAAACAUUUCUUUGUUAUAAAAUUGUUGAAUUUUGUAGUGGUGCACGCGUUCCCAUGCAGUUGUCCC